GGAGGGCAGGUUUCUGAACUCAGAUGGUCGGCCUCUAAAGCUGAAGCCAUGGAAGGGCUCAGUUCCUGCUCCAGAGCAGAACGGCCUGCCCAACGGAUAUGACGAGGAUAUCGCCAAGCCGUUCUUCACUGAGAUGACUCCAAAAAUAAGCAUAAAACCAGUCAUAAACAAAGAUGGGGAGAUCUGUACUGUGAAGACUCAGGAGAUUCUGGAAGGAAAUGUAGUGAGGGAGAGUGCUGAGGGUCACGGAAAUGUGGGGACAGAGAAGAUUGACAAGGUCAUCAGGCAAUGGGAAGGGUCAUUCUUUAAAGGAAAUCCCAAGCUGAGGAAGAAAUCUGUGUCUCUGCGUUUCAACCUUCAUAUGGCUGUAGCAGAUGAAGGUUGCAGCCAGAUAAAACAGGACAGUCUCCCUAACGUGGAGGUCCGUCUGGUCAUGAGACGGUCUCGCAGCAUACCCACUUUUGCUCCGUGUAAUGCUACUACAUCACAACUGUGACCUCACAAUGCUACUGCAUUACAGUUGAGUAGUGGUGACCACGUCUCAAUGUCUCGGCGGCUAAUAAAAGCAAAUCACUUUAGUGACGUCAUAGAACUUUUGCCAUUUGAAAGAAAAAAGCGUCACAUCAUCAGUAAAGCGUUCAAAAACAAAAAAACUCAAAUAGCUUUUAUGAUUGUAAUGAACUCAUGCAGAUAAAGCUACUUAAAGAAAUUUCAAGGCAAAUUAAUUUGUAGUUGAUUUAUUUUACUUCAAACUUGAUGAAUGGGAGUACGAACGUCUUGCGGUGUUUCAGAUUUCGUACAUUGUGACUUUAGAAUGUGACGCUCUCUGUGGACGCUCUACUGCCACAUUAUUGAUUAUUAGCACAUAUUACGUUACUGAAAACCUAUAAAAACUAUUGGUUUCUGAAAAUGUGUAUAGUUUAUACAUCUAUAGAGCUGACUCUUCAGUCUCAGUGAGAAAAGGUCAAUGUGGAUACAGAGAUUUCACAUUCAGUGCAGCGUUAAAAAAAGAUGCCUUAUUGCAUUUGACAAAUGUUACUGGAACUAAUUUAACACUCCAGUGAACGCUAAGGGGGUAUGAAGUUGUGGUUCUGCAGGAGACUGUAGUGUGAACCAAAACAAAAUAUUGCGAAAUUUGCAAGUGUAGCAAAAAUCUGCAGCCAAAACAAAUGAUUUAUGGUGAAACCGAUGUACUGUCCUCCCGAUAUUGCCUGCAUGGAUGUGUACAGAAUGACUAGCAGUCUAUCACUGCAGAGAGAAUGAGAUGCUAAAAGUGAAAUGUUGACUAUGAUCUUCUCUAUUACUUACACUAGCCUAUAAAAGUUAUAUUGCUUUGUAUUACGGAUGCAUAUAGUUUACGCUUUAUUUAAAGUGCAAAUACUGUGUCUUCCAAUCAAAAAUGAUGCAGGAUUGUUCAGAAAACUUGAAAUGAUCAUACUUCAACAACCAAAAAAAAAAAGGCUUUUGCAUUUCUCAUCUACACAUUAAUCAUUUAAACUGAUUUAUUUACAUACCCAUUAUGUUCUACCUCUGAUGGUUGUUGUACUGUAAAUACAUGGGGUUCUUCCUGAUGCAACAAAGAAAUGGAUACAUAUGCAUAUAUUUAAUUUAAAGUUAUAUUAAAUCGAAUUAAAUCUAUAUCCCUGAAAUAUGAAUAUAUAUUAGUUACUGCUUUAGUUUCUUAUGUAAUGCACAAUCUAGUGUCUGUCCAAGGGAUUGUAACUCACUCUAAGAAAUGUGAAGAGAAAUUACUCCAUAUGCAUUGGUAAA